AUGGCUUCAUCAGCAAGCAUGGCGAUGGCAGAACACAUCGAAAGACGUACUUGGUUCGAACGUGGUGAAAGAUUGUUGUAUCGUGUAGAAUCCAAUCGACGUGAAAUUUUUGAAACAUGGCCAUUAGCUCAUCUUUUAGAUAGUUUUGAAUUGGCUUCUGCUGGAUUCUAUUAUACAGGAGUUGGUAACUUUGUAUGUUGUUUUGAAUGUGGGGUUAAAAUUAACGAUUGGACUUUGGGCGAUAAUCAUCAAAACAAACCAAGUUGUAGAUUUGUAGGGCGAAUACCAUGUGGAAAUGUCCUUGUGGGCAUCCACCCUGACAUAGUGGCUGUACCUACUUACUACCCUUAUCGGAAAAAUAUUUCUUCUGUAAUUCCACCGUCAUUCCGUUAUUCAUAUUAUCCAGCUGCUGUAUCAAGACUUGAACAUCGAGAAUUUAUAAGUCUUUUUGAUUAUGUACCACCACCGUACCCUGAUCUACAGCCUGAGAUUGAUGUUAAAACUGCCAAGGUUCGACAAUACUUGACUUAUGACUUACGCCUAAAAUCAUAUGGAUAUUGGCCUAAGCACAUGAGCCAGACAAAAGAAAAGCUGGCUGAGGCAGGGUUUUUCUACACUGGUACUGGUGACUACGUCCAGUGGUAUCACUGUGGUAAUGGUAUCAAAGAUUGGCUCCCGAAUGAAGAUCCAUGA